CAGACACGACUACGGACUCUUCCGAGCAGUCAUAUCCUUCAAUAUCACCGGUAUCAGCGCCUGCUAGUUCAAUAACGGAUUGGGAAGAUAGAUUUGUUGUCAACAUGCCCUCAGCUAGGGAUCCCAACCCGCCAUUCAUGAAUUCUCGACAGAUCGCCGACUUCCAACAAAGUAUCGAGAAAGUGCACAAGGAAGGCGAGACGAUGCUUGAUCCAGAUUCGCUACCAAGUCCCCGUACUAGGACUCCGGAAGAGAGGACUAGAGCUGUCGUGCAGCCAGAAAGGAGAUUGACUGGACUUGAUGGUCAAGAAGCUGAUAUUGAGCGUCGACCCGAUGCCGAAGAUGGUGACGGUGCAUCUGAUCGCCGCUAUUAUAGUCCGGAAGAGGUUGGAAAGCAACGUUUCAGCACGAUCUGGGAGGAAUUGCCCGCAAAAUCUAAUCGCAAGUUCCCCAUCGCGAACCCAGACGGGUCUUUUUUAGGGUGCAAGGAAAUCAACGGGCCUUACGACAAGAAUCCGGACGAGAUCUUGCUUUUCUCGACUACAGACGAGCGUCCCCGAGUGAUCGAUAUCCCAUCUGCGCGUGCCAAGAUACCACCACCCAAGGAAGGGAAGAGAGUCAGCAACCACCGAAUACCGCCACCGUCAUCAGGGAAGCCCGUUACUCACGAAGAAUGGAGGCCAAUUUCUCAGAAUUUGAAGCCAGCCCAAUGCUCGAGGCCGUCACCCAAGACGAUGUGUCGCGAAACCAACUGUUCUCAGCGGCCAGACAAGCCGGAAACCUCUGCCAAGGCUCCUCCUACCAAAGAGACCCCGGACUCGGCAUCUUCGAGCAAGAAACCCGAAAAGCAGAAAGUGGGACGCAGGCCGGACGAUGUCUUCAUUAUCACACCCACUAUCACACGCACUAUGGUGACCAUGGCGGACCUGAGAGGCCACCCGAAGAACCCAGCCACACAGCCACCGUCUUCCCGGGCCGCGGGCGAGAUAAUCACGGACUCCCGAGUAAAGCACCAGGCGGGCCCUUCGGCAUCGGGAUUACGACGGGCGACUCAAAAUGGCUGGGAAAGGUCAAGUUUGCCUUGCGCAACAUCCUUAAGCGCAAGCCCCCCGUCGAGCAUACCCACCCCUCAGGGUCGCACAGAACCAGAACGCACCGCUCAAGACAAGCCCAAGGCUAUACGUGGGUUCAUCCGUACAACAGGGUUGGCAAAGCCCACAGGAAACCGUAUCGAACCCACGCGCAGUAAUCCCCCACAGCCUCGCCAUGAACCAACCUCCACUGUCAGCCCGUCUCCCAGAAAAGAGAACUUCCCGCCGUCGAGGAGUGCGUCCGACUCAACCCAGACACAGUCCGAAUUGUCGUCCACCACCCCAGAGAUAUCUCCCGCCACCUCACUCAGCAGAGACAGGCCAGUACCGGAAAGCACCGCGAAGCCAGCCAAAACGUUCGAGCUGGCCGAGCUAGACGGACAACAGGUAACGGAAUCGCCGAAAGAGGAAAUAUUUCACUCCAACAUCACGGACUUCAAUCUUGACUCACAUGACACCGACUUGUCAACCGACCUGUCAACCAAGGACAAGGAACCGGCACCCGAGGAAAUCCUGGUCCUCGUCAAGGACGGUCUGAUCAAGCUAGCAGGACAGCUCCAGGGAGUCUACGAUGAGAUCAUGACCAACCGACACUCCAAAGCCAUGUUAGUGCGAAUCGCAUUCAACAGUGUCCUCAAAAUGGUCGAGCACUGUCUGCACGUCCUCAAAGAUCUCUUGACCAUCCUCGCCCUCUACAACACCACUGGCGCCUGGCCCAAACCCAACCGGAAAGACUUCGCAUGGUCCCUCGUCGAAAUCUGCCAGGCCAUGAUAUACCUCGUCACCCUCGGUGUUGUCAUGAUCAUCAUCGGCCGCGCAGCAGGCUACGUCGUCCUCGUCGGAAGCUGGAUCGUCUGGUUCGCGAAACCCUUCGCCUGGUUUCUGGGUACAUUGGGGAGAGCCCUGUUGAUAUGAUAUGAGUAUGAGUAUGAGUAUGAGUGUGCACAUGAAAACGAGUUGGGUUGCAUGCUGUUGAUAGUUAGAUGCGAUGCGUGAUUGGAUUGAGUUGGUAGCGUUUGCGUUGGUUGUCUUGUUCUGUUCUGUUCUGGUAAGCAGUGCUGACUCACCCACCUUUUUUGCUAUUGGGAGCGAUGACGGAGGGGGGCAGGCGUUAUUCUUUUUUUGGGGGGAGACCUUCCUUCCAUCUGUAGUAUUAUCGAGAUUAUGCAGUAUGCUCAUGCUCAUCCGGAGGGUAUUUUUAUGUACUUCAUUAUUAUUGGUUAUCC